AUGGACGCUGGGGGAUCUCUGGUGCUUCUGCUGCGGGUCUCGCUGGGCUGCCCGCCUCUCUUGUGCUUGCCUCAGGCAGACGGGGUCCCUGACCAGGGAAGCACCACUGACCUGACAGGCCAUGAGGAGCCCCAGCGGCUCAGCAACCUCUCGGAGAUGCUGGCGCAGGGCUACAGCAUCAUUCCUUCUGGAACUCGCGCGACCUUCUCCCCUGCUCCAGCAUUUCGCUGUGAACACAUGCAGACAUUCAGGAAGCUGUCAGAGCUGCAGAGAACCCUGGGCACCCAUGGCUCACCAUCUACGGUGGUCACCUGCACUCCCGGUGCCCGGCGGCCAGCAGUGAUUCCGCACAGACCUGCUCUUGUUCAAGUGAUUCUAAUCGCGUGUAUAGCCUUCAGCGUUGCUCUGGUAUGUGGGAUCAUGGUCUCCUAUGUGAUACAUAGGCUGGUAAAGGCUGAGGAGAAGCAGCAGCUUGCGGUGCUUUAUGAAAACAUUGAGAUACCAUAUGAGGAAGUUUCUGAGGAUGAGUCCACCAACCUGCUUCCAGAGAACGAGAAGGAGCUGGGGAAGUUCAUCCGUUCAGUUAUCAAAGUGAAAAGGAGGGAAAAUAUUGAAAAGAAGAAAUUGAGGGAAGAGCAAAAGUUAAUGAAAGAAAAGAUAAAGGAUGCCAUGUAUGGUGCAAAAAUGGAGAAUCUGUGA